CAUUUUUUUGUUCUCGCUUCUCUUUUCAAUACCAUCGCUUCUCCGGGAGAAGGAACCCUUAUUCGGCUCCUCUCCAUUUUCUCUCUCUCCCUAUCUACCUUGCAAACUGUUUCUUCGUUCGUCUCCGGCAGGCCUUAUGAUUUCCGGCGGCAUCAUCGGCAAGACGUGCGUUUCCGGCUGAGGAAACCCUAAUCUCAUACCUUCUCUUGUCUGUAUUUCGAAGGAAUCGUGGAGGAGAGGAGGAAGUGAGAGUUGGAUUUAUGUCCCAUAAUCAAUCAAGGUUUGAGAAGACCGAGGGGCAUCUUAAAAGACCCGGUCGAUCAGGUAGCCUAGGGAAGAACAAGGGAUUUUCCAGCGGCGGCAAGGGCGGUGGCCCCCCCGCCACGGCUCCUGCACUUUCGUCUUCCUCUGCCCUGCCCCCUCCGUCAGCAUCUCUUGAGUCUUCUAAUAAUCGAAGCGUCAAGAAAACUGUUAAUGGACAAGGAGAGCAAACUAGGGCAAAUCCGGUUAUUUCGAAUUCUGACGCAGGAACGCGGGCCGUACCAAAUGGAGCUCACUCAGUAACCCCUUCACAUGGUAUCGGGCCAUUAAAUGGACUCGAAUCAGGGAGUGCUAAGCCAGUUGAUUCCAGCAAUAAGAAAAUUUCCAGAGCUGUUCCAAAGGCACCGGCUGCUCAGUCUGCAGUGGCUACUCCAGGGGAUGAAUGUGGACCGUAUCUUCAGUUUGGGACCAUAAGUCCUGGGAUUAUGAAUGGGAUGCAGGUUCCUGCUAGAACAUGCUCAGCUCCACCAAAUCUGGAUGAGCAGAAACGUGAUCAGGCCCGCCAUGAUUCAGUUAGGGUUGCACCUGCACUGCCUAUACCAUCUGCCCCAAAACCGCAACAGGCCUUGCAACAACCACCACCACAACAACCACUGCUGCAGCAGAAGCAGCAGCAAAUAUUGAAAGACUCGGGUGGCUUUAAUCAAGUUGGUAGUAGGGAAUCUCAUCCUCCUAUUUAUCCAAAGAGGGAUAUGCAUGUGCCCAUUCCCUCCAUUCCGAACGCAUCACCAGCAAGAUCUUCGGUUCUUAAUGUAGGUGGAAUGCCGAUGCACGUUCCUUUUCAACAGCCACAAAUCCCUUUGCAAUUUAGUGGUCCAAACUUGCAGAUUUCGUCACAGGGAAUUGUACCCAGUUCCUUGCAAAUGCCAAUGACGCUGCCUGCAGGAAAUGCCCCCCAAGUUCCUCAACAGUUGUUUGUUCCUAAUAUUCAGUCUCAUUCACUGCAACCUCCAGCAAUCAUGGCCCAGGGACAAAGCUUGGGAUAUACAGCUCAAUUAGGUCACCAAAUGCCUCCUCAGUUAGGCAGCAUAGGAGUUGGAAUUACACCACAAUUUCAUCAACAACAACCUGGAAAUUUCGGUUCUCAACGGAAGGCUGUGAAGAUAACUCAUCCAGAAACUCAUGAGGAGCUUAAACUUGAUAAAAGAACUAAUUUGCAAACUGAUGCUGGUACCACGGGGCAAAGGCAAAUUCCAAAUGCAACAUCGCAGUCCCAGCCUCAUCCAACAUUUAAUCAACAGAUCAGUUAUUAUCCAGCAACUUUUAACCCACCCCCAAUGUAUUACCCUUCUUCUCUUCCCCUGUCAAGUACCCAGAUGACUACAGGUCCCCAGGCUGCAAGAUACGGCUAUACAGUUGGUCAAAAUGGGCAUACCAUUUCAUUCAUGAAUCCGUCACCUCUUAACUCAGCUAUGGGUGGCAGACCUGGGCUUCCACCUCCAUUGCAUGGUUUGCCAGAAGCAGUCAAUUCAGAAGUAUCAUCAGUUUCUGCCUCAUUAGCUGCGGCAGCACAAAUGAUAAUUAAACCUGCAGAAAAAGUUGGGACACCAUCAGUAAGAAUUAGCAUGCCUAUCACUAAGCCCGAAUCACCAAAGCUGUCUGAGUUAUUUGGGGAUGUUCCUGCUGCUCCUCAGCCAAAGGAUAAGGAAAUUGUCUCACAAAACACAAUUAUAAUGCAGAAGAAAAAUUUUGAAGCACCUGUAACUGAUUCUUCUUCCUCUACAACUGAUAAGAACUUGAUAAGAGUAUCUGCAGUGGUUUCAGGGCAUAUUAAUAAGUCUGAAGCUUCUUCUUUAGCUCGUACUGUUGGGAGUUUUACAUCUGCUGUGGCAGAGAAAGAUGGCUGGAAAAAGGAAGCUUUAAAGUCAGAAUCUCUAAAGGAUGACCAGACAAGAUUAAAUAAAAAAGAGCUUAAGCAUUCUCAGCAACAGAUAGAUGCAUUAGACGAUGCUGGGAACCUGAUAAUGCACUCUGCAAAGACUGUCAUGGACAAAAAAUUGACAAAUGCAGUUGGACAUUCAGUAUCCAAUGAUUCUGUCGCCAUUCAUUCAGCUUCAGCUGCUGAUUCUUUCUUUUCUGUGACCAAUUCGCAUUCAACCAUCAGGGAAUCUAAAACUUCUGAACUGGAUGAGAAGAACGAUGCAGCCGGAGCUUUAGGUCCUUCUAUAGCUACAUUGGAGGAGGAACCAUCUGAGGCUGUCGGUUCAAAUUGUUCUGAUCCUGUAGAGCUAGCCGGUGACAGACUUUCUAUUGAAGAGGAAGGUCAUUUAGAAGCAUCUAGUUCAAGUACUGAUGUGGAUAGGCUUAUUUUAGGAACUUCUGGUGUUUCUCUUGGCAGUUCUAAAACUUUGGUUGUUGGACAAAUACAAGAAAAUUUGCCUGAAUCAGAAUGUGGCAAGGGUGAAAUAUCUGGUUGUGAUUUAUUAGGUGGCAGUGCUCCUCUUUCCAUCAUAGACUCUUCUGAUGAGACAGCUGGUAUACUAAUUCCGGAAGCAGAAAAUGAGACUGGUUUGAAGCUUUGUGACGGUGAUGACCUACAGUUUACCAGCCUCGAGAAAGAUGGGGGUUACUCAGUCCCGAAGAGGGCAACGGUGUCAAAUGUGCUUACCUCAACAUUCUCUGAUAGAAAGGAUACUGAAGUUGCCCCUUUUGAUCAGGCUUCCUUCACUCCUGCUAAUGAUACUAAAAUUUCAGCUACUGAUUCUACAAUCUAUAAAUGUGAAACGUGUUCUGAGAAUGUUGCUGCUGGUGAACAUGUCAUUUCGUUGUUGGAAAUUGCCUCCAUGUCUUUAGGUUCAGAAAUAAAAGAUAAACCUGGAGCUAAAACUGUGGAGCUUUCUUCAUCAACCCACACACUCUCAGUGCUUUCAGGUUUGCCGAACAAGCCUUCUUUAGAGCCAACUUUAACUAAGACUAAUAAAAAGAAGAAGAAGAAGGAAAUUCUUUCAAAGGCUGAUGCUGCUGGUUCCUCUGAUUUGUAUAAUGCAUAUAAGGGCCCAGAUCAAAAGCUGGACACAUUCAGUACCACAGAAACUAUUGAAAGUUCUUCGGCAGCAAAUUCAAAGAAUAACACUGUUGAACAUCACACUGAUGUUGAUGUUGCUAUUGAGCUGGAGGAGCAGUCUAAAUCUGAAAUCGAGGACUGGGAGGAUGCUGCUGAUGCAUCUACUCCAAAAUUGACAUCAGAUUAUCGUGGGCUGGCUCAUGUGGAAAAGAAGAUGCUUGUUGAAUGUGGAAAUGAGUCUACUGGCAAAAGGAAAUAUUCUAUAGAUUUCUUAUUAACCUUUUUAGAGAAAUGCAAGGAUCUUCCCUUAGGGUUUGAAGUUGGAUCUGACAUAGCAGACAUUUUUAUGUGUGUUCAAGCAGGUCUGUCCCGUGGUACUGACCGUGACAUUUUAUCUAGUCCUGGAAGAGUUAUCGAUAGAUCUCCAGGUGUUUCUCGGGGUGAUCGACGUAUGGUUGGGAUUACGGAUGAUGAUAGGUGGAUGAAAGGAUCCGGUGCUUUCCGCAUUGAUCUUGGUCAUGGAGUUGCUGCUAUGAAUGUUCGUCCUGGCCAAGGAGUUAACCAGGGUGUCCUCAGAAAUCCACGUUUACAGUCUUCCAACCAGUUAUCUGGUGGAAUACUUUCUGGUCCUAUGCAAUCUUUGACAUCUCAGGGAGGGAUAGCAAGGAAUAAUUCUGAUGCUGACAGAUGGCAGCGAGCCACUGGCACUCAAAGAGGCUUGAUGCCUCCUCCGCAGGGAUCUAUGCAAGUAAUGCACAAGUCUGCUAAUAGAUACGAAGUUGGCAAAGUAUCUGAUGAAGAAGAGCAGAAACAGAGACAAUUGAAGGCUAUAUUGAACAAAUUAACACCUCAAAAUUUUGAGAAACUAUUUGCCAAAGUUAAGGAGGUCAACAUUGACAACACAAAUACUCUUACUGGGGUUAUCUCUCAGAUUUUUGACAAAGCAUUGAUGGAGCCAACUUUCUGCGAAAUGUAUGCUGAUUUCUGCUUCCAUCUUGCUGGUGACUUGCCUGAUUUUGUUGAAGACAAUGAAAAGGUUACUUUUAAAAGGUUGCUUUUGAACAAAUGUCAGGAAGAAUUUGAACGAGGGGAAAGGGAGGAAGCUGAAGCUGACAAAGCUGAAGAAGAAGGUGAAGUUCAUCACUCAGAAGCAGAAAGGGAGGAAAAAAGAAUCCAGGCAAGAAGGCGCAUGCUGGGAAAUAUUCGUUUAAUUGGAGAACUUUAUAAAAAAAAGAUGUUAACUGAGGGUAUUAUGCAUGGAUGCAUCCAUAAACUGUUGGGGCAGUAUCAGAACCCUGAUGAAGAGAAUAUUGAAGCCUUGUGCAAAUUGAUGAGUACCAUAGGAGAGAUGAUAGACCAUUCCAGAACCAGGGAACGUAUGGAUGCUUAUUUUGAGAUGAUGGCGCAGCUCUCCACAAACCAGAAACUUUCUUCUCGGGUUAGGUUCAUGCUCAAGGACACAAUUGAUCUUAGAAAGAACAAAUGGCAGCAGAGAAGGAAGGUUGAAGGUCCAAAGAAGAUUGAUGAUGUACACAGAGAUGCAGCUCAAGAGCGACAAGCCCAAACUACCAGAUUGGCACGAGGUCCUAUUAUAUCUUCAAAACGUGGGCUGCCUACUGAUUAUGGUUACAGAGGGUCCACAAUACUGAAUUCUCCAACUUCACAGCCGACUGGUAGUAUUCGUGGUCUUCCCGGGCAGCUUCGAGGUCCGGGUAGCCAAGAUGUUCGGUUGGAUAAUAGGAAUCAGUUUGAGAAUAGGGUGAUAUCUUCAGUUCCUCUCCCUCAAAGGCCUGCAGAUGUUGGUUCCAUUACACUGGGUCCUCAAGGAGGUCUUGCAAAGGGAAUGUCUGGCAGAGGACAAGGACUUGUGUCAAAUGCCCCUUUGUCUGAUUCUCAUAGAUUAGCAUCUGGUCCUAAUGGUUUCAGUUCUACCCAUGAUAGAAUACCUUCUACCUCUAGAGAAGAAAGCAUGCCAAAGUAUUUGACAGAUAGAUCAUCAGUGUUAAUAAAUGAUCAAACAAGCUCUCAAGAUCGGAGCUCUGGUUUUGGUAUUAGAGAUCCACGUUAUGUGGAUCGUGUUCUUGAUAGAUCCGGGGGAGCUGCUACAGGGAGGAGACCUGGUUCUUCAGGUGGCAGAACAAGCGCUUCUGACUCCAAAGCCUUGUCUGAAGACACGCUACGGAAAAAGUCAAUAUCAACUAUACAUGAAUUCUAUAGUAUCCGAGAUGAGGACGAGGUUGUUCUGUGCAUCAGAGACCUAAGUACGCCAAGUUUCUAUCCUUCAAUGGUAUCACACUGGGUCUCAGACUCUUUUGAAAGGAAAAACAUGGAGAGAAGUUUGUUGGCACAACUUAUUGUGAACCUAAGCAAGCGUCAUGAUAGUUUGAUUAGUCCAUCUCAAUUGGUUGAAGGGUUUGAAUCUGUUCUCUCGACCUUGGAGGAAACUGUGACUGAUGUUCCCAAAGCUGCAGAAUUUCUUGGUUAUUUUUUUGGAAAAGUUGUUGUGGAGAAUCUUGUUCCCUUGAGAGAGAUAGGAAAAUUGAUCCGUGAAGGUGGAGAACAACCUGGAUCCCUUGUGGAUGCUGGACUUGGGUCGGAGAUUCUAGGCAAUAUAUUGGAGUUUGUAAAAAUGGAAAAAGGCGAUUCCUUUUUGAAUGAGAUCCGAACAAGCUCCAAUCUAAGGUUAGACGACUUCAGACCACCAUACUCCUCUGCCAAAACAAAGAAGUUGGAUGCAUUUCUUUAAAGGUGAAGACUUUUCGUGGCUUCUAAUACAUUCUUGUUUUGGUUCUCUAGCGUAUAUCAUUUUAUUUGAUGUUAGGUUUCUUAUAGAUUAUCAGUUUUUACUGACCCCAUGUGUUCAUUUCUUUUUCUAUCCAUUGAACAACUUAUUUAUUACCUGUAGCAUGAGGAGUUAUAAUAGUAAUGGAACAUGGCAAGUUUUCUUAGCUGCAGCUUUCAUUUCCCUUCCCAAACGUCUAUUAUAGGAUAGGUGGAUGUAUUAGUGCAUGUUUCUUAGAGCAAAAUUAAGCAUUAAGUAUAUUAUUUCUCGUUGUUA